AUGAUUUUUCUUCUAGUGUUGCCACCAAGUUGGCGACAAAGCAGAAAACUCACCCUUGGUUUUUUGAAGAAGCCAAAAUGUCCCACCUCCAAAUUUUUGAUCAUCAUCAACUCCGCUCCGAAAAACUUGGAAUUUCGAAAUCUUCUCCGUUUCUAUUUUCAUCGACUUCCGAAACGAGAUUUAUACAGUGUUUUCUUCAUUCUUGGCAGGACGGAGAUCGAGCUUGAGGAUGAGGAAGACAUCAUCAUUGGAGAUUUCAAGGAUUGCUAUGAGAACUUGGUGCUCAAGACGAAAUCGGCGUAUGAAUACUUUGAGAGUUGCGAGGAGCCGGAAUUCUUUAUGAUUCAAGAUGAUGAUGUUUGGUCAGACCCGGCUGCAAUGAUGGAAAUUCUCGAUAAAAAUGAACAACGAGCAAUUUGGGGAGCAGUUUUGCCAAGAAUGGACGUCCACAGCGGAUGGGCAAAUAGAAAGGGAAUCUUCGUGGAGCACGAAAAGUGGCCGUACUGGAAGUGGCCAAAGUACAUUUACGGAGCCGCUACGUUAUAUAUUGGGAAGCGGCGCUGGCCAUUUCCGAAGCUGCUUCGACUUCGGAAGAGAUCAUCUACAUCCCCAUAG